AUGCCAAAGUACUAUUGUGACUACUGUGAUACCUACCUAACUCAUGAUUCUCCAUCCGUGAGAAAAACGCAUUGUGGUGGUAGAAAUCACAAGGAUAAUGUAAAGGAAUAUUAUCAAAAAUGGCUGGAAGAACAGGUCCAAAGAUUAGUAGAUCACACAUCUGAAGCAUACAAGCAGGGUAAAAUGCCUCCACCACUAUUUGGCGCUGCAGCGGGAAUACCACCUCCUGGGCUUGGUUAUCCCCCUCGUUAUCCUCCUAUGAUUGGUGUUCCAACUGGCUUCAGACCACCCCACCCACUAGUUCCUCCACAGGGCAUGAUGAUUCCACCCAGACCACAGAUUCCAUGGCCUCAGCCAGGAGUUGCAGUCCCUCCGACAUACACUGUACCACCACAGUGA